AUUUCUUAAAUAACUGUAACUUUAACUUCUUUUCGGCAUGUAAACAUUGCAUCAUGGUAUCGUGAAAUUUUGAACAUAACAUAUAAAAUUUAAUAGGUUAUUAAACCGUAGAGAAAGGACAGACCAGUUUAAUAAACGAAAUGUAUCAAUGUGCCAGUUUAUUUUAUCUUUGGCCGAGUUUAGAAAAAUAUAUUAAUUAAAUUUAAAUGAAUAUUGACGCUUUGUUUUUACUGCUCUUAUAAUGUUCUUAGCUUAUUUGUUUCCACGAUGUUUGCUAUAAAAAACAAGAUGACACAAAUUGUAAAAUUAAUGUCAAAUGGUUGUUCAAUGAAUGAAAUAGUGAAGACUGCAGCUGUUGCACUUAAAGAAGGAAAAAUUAUUGCUGUUCCAACUGACACUAUUUAUGGAAUUGCUGUUUUAUCUCAAAAUGAUUCUGCAGUCUCUUCUAUGUAUGAUAUCAAAGGAAGGCAUUGUGAAAAACCUGUAUCCAUAUGUGUUGGAUCUAUAGAAGACAUUCCUAAGUGGGGGAAAAUUACAUUCCCCGAAGGUUUACUUCAUGAUUUGUUGCCUGGGCCUGUUACUAUAGUUAUGGAAAGAACGCCCAACUUAAAUCCAAAUUUAAAUCCUGAUUGGCCUACUAUAGGAAUCAGGAUUCCUAAGUGUAAAUUCAUUCAAGAUUUAGCAUCAUCAUGCAUUGAACCUCUAGCUCUUACUAGUGCUAACAUCAGUUCAUCUUCUAGCUCUUUAUCAAUCAAGGAAUUUAAGGAGCUGUGGCCAUCACUUGAUUUGAUAGUUGAUGGUGGCAUUCUUGGACAAGUAGACCCUAAAAGACUUGGAUCAACUAUUAUAGAUCUUUCUGUUAAAGGUCAUUUUAAAGUUUGGCGAAGUGGAUGCUCUCAUGAAAAUACCAUCAAUAUAUUGCAGAAAUAUGGCUUAACUGAAAUCAUAUCAUCUUAGAUAUUUUGUAUUUGAGAUUAUUUAUAAAAUACUGAUAAUUUUAUUUAUUGUUUUGUAAAUUAAUAAACCAUUUUACAUUGAA